GGCCUCUCUAUGGUUUUCCCGGCAGCCCUUGUGCUUACGGCGUCGGAGACUUCCGGAGCGAGGUGACGUGCCAAGCGUGUUUUCUGACGCAAACACGCGGUAGGGGCUAUAGGCUCGAGGGCGGUGAGCGGUGGCAAUUGCUAGGCGGAGACUGUUAAAGGAAGAGAACAGAGAAAGGAUUUGGACUGGCGGGAGGCACCUAACUGCAAGGAAUUUCUGCCCCACUAUUACAACUGAACCAGAUGCCUUCCUCUACUUCAUCAGACCAGGAAGAUGACCUGGAGGCCUGUGUUUUAAGAUUUUCUGAUCUGGAUUUAAAAGACACAAGUCUUAUUAAUCCCAACAGCAGUCUCAAAGCAGAACUAAAUGGCAAUACAAAGAAGAAAUACUCAUUUGCAAAGAAAAAGGCCUUUGCCCUUUUUGUUAAAACCAAAGAAGUUCCAGCAAAAAGGAAUUUUGAAUGUAAAGAAAAAUGGUGGAAGUGCUGUCAGCAACUAUUCACAGACCCGACCAGUAUCCAUAGACAUGUGGCAACACAACAUGCUGAUGAAACCUAUCACCAGACAGCUUCUAUUUUAAAGCAACUGGCUGUGGCAUUGAGCACCGCAAAAAGUCUUAUGUCUUCAGACCAAAAGAACUCUCUAAAAGAGCGCCUUAUGCAUAGCCAUGAAGUGUCUGCUUGGCUUCCUGACAUAAGCCGCUUUAGCCCUGAGGAGCUGAUAAGUGGCCAGGGCAAUGAUCAAGGGGAGGUGCUACUGUAUUAUUGCUACUGUGACCUAGAGGAUCCCCAUUGGAUCUGUGCCUGGCAGACUGCCCUGUGUCAGCACCUGCACCUCACUGGCAAGGUUCGAAUUGCUAUGGAAGGAAUCAAUGGGACAGUUGGUGGAAGCAAAUUGGCUACCAGACUUUAUGUGGAAGUCAUGCUUUCUUGCCCAUUUUUUAAGGAUUAUCUGUUUAAGGAUGAUUUUAAGACCAGCAAAGGAGGAUCUCACUGUUUUCCAGAAUUGCGUGUUGGUGUAUUUGAAGAAAUCGUGCCCAUGGGGAUCAGCCCCAAUAAGAUCUCCUACAAGAAGCCAGGAAUCCAUUUAUCACCAGGUGAAUUUCAUAAAGAAGUAGAAAAGUUUUUAUCUCAGGCAAAUCGACAACAAAGUGAUACUAUCCUUCUGGAUUGCAGAAACUUCUAUGAAAGCAAAAUAGGACGAUUCCAGGGCUGCUUAGCCCCAGACAUCAGGAAAUUCAGUUACUUCCCCGGCUACGUUGACAAAAAUCUAGAACUUUUCAGAGAGAAGAGGGUGCUGAUGUACUGCACCGGGGGCAUCCGUUGUGAGCGGGGUUCAGCCUACCUCAAAGCCAAGGGAGUAUGCCAGGAAGUGUUCCAGCUCAAGGGUGGCAUCCACAAGUACCUGGAAGAGUUUCCUGAUGGUUUUUACAAAGGGAAGUUGUUUGUUUUUGAUGAGCGUUAUGCCCUGAGCUACAACAGUGAUGUGGUGUCAGAAUGUUCAUACUGUGGAGUCCAGUGGGACCAGUAUAGACUCUGCUCGACUCCCCAAUGCCGUCAGCUUGUUUUGACCUGCCCUGCCUGUCAAGGACAGGGAUUCACAGCCUGUUGUGUCACAUGUCAAGACAAAGGGAGCAGGAAGGCUUCAGAACCUACUCAGGACAGCUUUAAAGAGGAAUGUGAGUGUACAGCCCGACGGCCACGCAUACCUAGGGAACUCUCGCAACAUGUGGGACUCCCUGAGAGUCCAGAGCUGGAGCCUGAUGUUGGUGAGGAUGGGCCAUUGCACCUUCGGCAUUUCUCCAAGCCAUCAGUAAAAGGUAGUUUAGAGUGACAGUCCAGAAUAACAUCAUGGCUGCAGAAACAGAGAAAUCGGGAACUUCAGUGCUGACCAGUACUUCCAUGGCAAUCUGGUCACCAUAUUGGCCACCUACACUUCAUGGUGGAGGGGAAAGGGAGUCAGGUGUUAACCACUUACCUGACGUAUUCUGAUCAGAAGAUGCUAGAACACAGAUAAAUGGUAAGCAAUAUGGGAUCCUACAGCUGGUGAGGAAGAGAGCCUUGAGCUCGGUGACUGCAUUAUGCCCGUUCUCUGCUAUGCAGCAGGACUGUUGAUAGUCAUUGCACUUGUCAGCAAACCCAUCUGUCCUGGGGGCAAAUGUGAAAGCUGUGACCCUGGGAGAAGACUCCUAAACUGAGCCACUCAGGUCAGCUGGCAUCCAGCCCAUGUUCUGUCUCUUUGCUGACAGCCUGAGGGGCCUGCAAGUUGUAGCAUUUGGCCUAUGUCCUGCUUUUGUAGAUACAGUCACCCCUUGGUGUACCCACGGGAUAGUUUCUGAGUGCCUGAGUAUACCAAAACUCUCUGUGUACUCAAGUCCCACGGUGGGCCCUGCAGAACCUGUAUGUAAGAUAAAUCAGCCCUUCAUAUGUGUGGGUUUCACAUCCUCUGAUUUCUGUAUUUUCAAUCUGCAUUUGGUUGAAAAAUCCACAUAUAAGUAGACCCAUGCAGUUCAACCCCUUGUUGUUCAAGGGUCAACCGUACAGUUUAUUGGAACAGCCACACCCAUUCCUUUGUAUAUAAUCUAUGGCAGAAUUGAGUGGUUGCGACAGACCAUGUGACCUGCAAAAUCUGAAAUAUUUACUGUCUGGCCUUUUAUAGAAAAGUUUGCCAACCCCUGAUCUCGGGGGGAGAUGACCUUAAAGAUGUGACCUUCAUUUUUUACUGAUUUAGUUUGUGUGAGAGAAUUUGUCUAAUAUUCCUGCUUCCCCCAAUAGUCACUCUCCAAACUUUAAAUUGUUCUCUUUGAGAGAUUCAAAUAAACUAGAUGACAGACAAUGAGCCGAGGUUUUUAGAUGAGCACCCGGGAUACAUGACAUUCUUACUGAGGUUAUCCAGCAUUGUCAUUGUGGCUGCCUGACCUUCUGGCCAGGCACAUGUUCCUGUCACCCAGGUCCCAAGAAACACAUACACAACCAUACAUAGACCAACAGAUUUAAUAUUACGUUGCAGUUUCCAGUGAUGCAGAAUGCAGCUGCAGUUGUGUAUCAAGGAGAAGCCGAGUGGGAUGGUUAUCCCUGCAGCAUGGUGCCACUCCUGGACCAUUUUCAGCCUCAGUGGACACUCCCAUAGUGCUGAGGCCUUGGCUCUGCCUCCAGUUACCCUGUACUGCCCACAUCCUUAGAGCUCACUGUGAAGGCCUUUGCCUUUUUCAUCAACAGCCUCUCUGCUCAGUGCUCUGCAGCUCUUUGGCCUUGUCCUUUAUGUAUCAUGAGAUUUGCUGAAUCACUAAUGAAAUUACUCCCCAAAGCAACAAACAAAUACUAAUUUAACUGGCACUGUGGUAUUUUAAAAGGCACAAGGGCAUUAUGGCUUAACACUUUUGCUAGAUCCCAAGAGAUGCACAUGAUGUUAAAAAGGGAUGUGGCAGAAAUACCAAAAUUACAUUUUCAGAGUAAUCAUCUUGGGGUGGUUUGGACAAGAUUUCCUAAUUCUUUAAUAUCUGGAUUUUCUUCACCUGUUGUCUUAAUUUAUAGGAAUGAGAUCGCAGUGAUUUGUCUAAUAAGUGACUAGAUAGAUAGCUGAAGUCUGUAAGCUUGGCCAUACUAAAUACCAUAGCCAUGAUGAACUGGAAACGGAUCCCUCUCGCAGUGGCCUCAUGUAAGUUGUUUGCCCACUGUGUAGUACACAAAGGUGUUUUCAAGUAUUUGGCCACAUCUGUCAUAAGCUUGGCAUUCACUAGGGAA